AUGUCUGAGCAAGCAGCUUCUCCCAGGCGGCCUGUCGACGAUGUCAGCGUUCAGACCUCCUUGGAACAGGGGCUACCCAAAGACGAAGAGAAACACGACGAGAAACAGGAUCCACCUCCAAAAGAAGGAACACUCAAAGCAUAUCUCGCCCUUCUAGCUGGUUUCUUGGGGCUUUUUGUCUCCUUUGGAUGGGUCAACUGUGUCGCCCUCUUUCAAGCAGAGUAUGAGGCCAAUCAGUUGAAGAACUACUCCAGCUCGGAGAUCUCAUGGAUCCCGUCAAUCGAAUUUUUCCUUCUGCUUUUCCUCUCUCCAGUAUCCGGUUACCUCUUCGACAACUUCGGUCCUCGCCUGCCCGUCUUCAUCGGGGGCUUACUGCAAGUCUUCGGUUUAAUGAUGACCAGCCUCUCGUCCAAAUACUAUCAGAUUAUGUUGAGUCAGUCAAUUGUGGCUGGAAUUGGACCGUCUCUUCUGUUUAAUCCGUGCAUCACGGCUCCGAUGACCUACUUCCGUAGAGCACGAGCGUUGGCCGGCGGAGUAACUGUUGCAGGCUCUUCAGUUGGAGGAGUGGUCUUUCCGCUUAUGGUCAACCAUCUCCUGCCCAAGAUUGGCUUCGCAUGGACCAUGCGUGUCUGUGCAUUCCUUGUCCUCGGACUAUGGGUUAUCGUCGUCGCAACAAUAUCAUCCAACAUCCCCCAUAAACGCCGCCAAUUCAACUUCCGGAAUGUCACGGGGAAUGUCUAUGACUAUGGCAGUGAAUCUCGUUCCCAUAAUGAACGGGUCGAGGUUGGUCACCACAUGUCGGUCUCGCCCCUAAGAUGCGUACUAACCUCGCGACAAUACAGCUUCCUCGGUCGGACUAUCCCGAACAUGCUGGCAGAUAAAUACGGCCGCUUCAAUAUCCUAAUCGUUAUGCUUGUCCUGACCAAUGUCGUCCUGCUCGCCGUCUGGCUCCCCGGUAAAAGCAACGCUGCGAUCAUCGUCUUCGCGGCGCUCUUCGGUGUAGGGUCUGGCGCAUGCAUCGGUCUUGCCCCUGUGCUUAUCAUGAAUUUGACCCCAUCCCACAGUGACGUGGGUUUCCGCAUGGGAGCUGCGUUGGCAGUUGGCGGGAUUGCAGCAUUGACUAGUCCCCCGAUUGGCGGUGCAAUCUCGGCACGCAGCGGAGGGACGUACGACAAUGCUUUCAUCUUCGCAGCUGCUAAUGGGUUUGUUGCCACUGCAGUUCUCAUUAUCCUUCGUGGACGGGCGGUAGGAUGGAGUCUCUUUGCGAAGGAGGGAGCGAAGAAAUAA